AUGGAUUUUAUUCUAAUCCUCGCUUGUGUGCUUCUUAUUGUCUUUAUUGGAGCUUUGUUUUAUGCGAAAAAACGUCAAUCAGGACAACAAGAAAAUCCUGAACCUGCUCCACUUCAACGACGACCAGGCCCCAUUGAUGGUGAUCGACCAAGAGCAGCACAAAUUCGUCGUCGUAGACAAUUUAACCCAACGCAUGGAUAUGAAGCUGGAAGACAAAACAACGACGAUGAGGAAGAUGCUGAUUUCGAUCCUACAACGAUGAAUGAUAUUGUCGAACCCGAUUCUAAAAUUGGUACGAAAAAACGGGCAAAACUCGAAGCCAAAGCUGAAAAGAAACAACAACGUGAACAAGAAGUAAUUGAACGUCAAGAAAGAAAAGAACGCGAUGAAAAAUUAGCUGAAGAACGACGUAAAAAGGAGUUAGAAGAAGAACAACUUGAAAAAGAACAAGAAGAAGAAGAGCGUCGAAAAAAAGAGGAACGUGAACGAAAAGAAUAUGAAGAGUAUCUUGAAUUAAAAAAAGGAUUUACUAUUGAAGAAGAAGGACAUGAUCAAAAUCCAGAUGAUAUUGAUAAUGAAUCAGCACUAAAUCAAUUUGUUGAAUAUAUUAAAACAGCUAAAUUUAUGUAUCUUGAUGAAUUAGCUGCACAAUUCAAACUCCGAACUCAAGAUGUAAUUGAUCGAUUAAAAUAUCUACAAGAAAAUGGCACAAUCACUGGUUUAUUCGAUGAUCGAGGCAAAUAUAUUUAUUUAACACGUGACGAAAUGGAACAUGUAACAAAAGCAAUUCGUCAACGUGGUCGAAUAUCAUUUAGCGAUUUAUCAAAAAUAAGUAAUGAACUUAUUGAUUUCAGUGGAACGCGAACAGUUAAUGAUAAAUUAUUAGAAACUGACGAUGCAGCAAAUUAA